AUGUCGGAAGAAGACUGUCCAAAGUUGAAAAAGCAGCGGAUUGAAGAAUGUAUCAAUUACGUGAGCAAUCAGGAAUCAGAUGUUAAUAAUAUUCUGAAUCUUAUCAAUUUUGGAAGCUAGUGAGUUUUUUUUUUUGAAAUUUAAGAACCUCUUCAAGAUUUUAUUCCCGAUUUCCCAAUUUCCAAAAUUUCAGCAAUUCCAACGAUUCACAAAAAGUCGCAUCAGAUGAACGAGAAAAUCGAAAAGAAAGAGGAGAUCGAUUAUUGCAAUUAUACUAUGAGCAACCGGCUCUUUCAGUGAGUUGUUUCUUGAAAAUCACAGUUUUUUUUUGCUCAAUUUCAGAAUUCUGCGUCAGCGCGACGAUUUGAGAAAAAUCACGAAAGAGCUGUUAUUUGGGAAGAGAUUACGAAUAAAAUCAACGAAGAAUUUGGAGAAAAACUCGAAGUUUUGACUGUGGAUAAAGUCAAGAAAUUAUUGACUUAUUAUAAGAAAAAAGAUGAGGGAAAUUUGGAGUAAGUUUUUUUUCAGAAAAAAUUUGACCAAGAUAAGUAUUUUCAGAAAGCCAACAAAUAAAGAGGUUGUUGUAAAAUUGGAAGAUGUUCCAGAACCAACUGAAUUAUUGAAAGAUGUUGAUCAACCAUUGGCAAAUUUGUUAUCGUAAGUUAUCUUUUAAAAAAUCGAUUUAGCGCCAAACAAGUGGAUAAUUAGCAAUUUCCCUAUAUUUAUUAUUGAGCUCAGAGUGAAUAAAAUAAUAAAAAUAUUAGGAAUAUGCUAAAUUUUGGAAUUGAAGAAAAGAGAAAAAAAGGGAAAAGGGAAGAUGAGUUGGAAAGAGAAAAUUACUAGCGCGCUACCGUUUCGACCUUUUUAAUAGACGGUAUCAGAGGCAGGUCUCGUCAGUAUUAACCUCUGUGCUUUGUAAUGAAAUUGACGCGAUUUUUGCUAACUUAAACUAAUGCGCAUAAAGAUAAAAGAAAAAGAACAAAGAGAAGGAGAUGAGAGAGAAUAUUUAUAGGAAAAUCAUAAAGUGACGCCUGUAAAUAUAAGAACGGUCCGAGAAAUAAUAAUAAUGUAAGGAAGUGGGUUAGAGAAAGAGAGGAAAAAAGAGAGAAAAAGAGUUUUUGUAUUUUAUUGAAGUGAAUAUUUAUAGGUCAAUUUUUCACUCGGAAUUUUUUCAAGAUAAAUUUCAGCUGUCCCUAGUUCGUAAUUUUUCCAAUUUUCAAUAAUUUGGCAAUAAAAUUGUAAUGCUUACUUGUAAUGCUAUUGUUAGUAUUCCAUAAACUCAGCUUUACAAUUUCAAUUUUUUUCAGUCACAACCAACAAUUUCAGAAUAAUAUCAAGUAAAACCUCAACACCUUCCUCAUCUUCCGGAUUUCUUCCACUUUUAAUUGUUCCUCAAACAUCUUCUGAUUCUUCUGAAUCUGCUUCCUCUUCUUCAUCUUCAAAUAACGAACAACUUUAUAUUUUGAAAAAGGAGAGACACGAUUUUGUUGUCAAGUUAGCCGAACAUUAUAUUCAGAGAAUGUGUUUUGAUAAUUCUUCGAGGUAAUUUUUUUGGAUUUUGAGAAUUAGAUAGUAGAUGAUUCCAAGGAAUUGAUUCAAAUUUUCAGAUCAGCUACAGUAAACGCGGAAAGACAUAAUAUGUGGAUAAAAAUCACGCAACAAACGAAUGAUAAAUAUUCCAAAGUUUUGGGAAAUCUAGGAGUUGAACAAUCCAAAAAAUUAUAUUCGAAUUGUAAAAGAAGAAGAAAAUUGAAAGAGUAAGUUGAUCUAUUAGAAUUAAAGUUUCGACUCAAAAUCAGCCACCGUUAAUUAAUCAAUUCAAAUUUUUUCUAGAUUCGAACAACCUUCCUGUUCAUUGGCAAAUUCUCCCGAUCCCGAAGAUUUUCCAUCUGAAAACACUUCGACUAUGGAACUUUUGGAUACAUUAAUGAUCGGAAUGUCAAAAGAUGCUGAAAUUCUUCAACUCAAAAAUGAGCUGUCAGCUAAAAAUGCCGAAAUUUCGGCGCUGAAAAUCUUGUUGGCAGAAGAAAGGGAAAAACGAAAAAGUGAAUAUUUGAGAAUCAUUGAGGAAUUUCGACAAAAAGUUGAUGAUGUGACAAAUUUGUGA